UCUUCUUCUCAGAAGUUAAAAAUCGGCUUCAGUUUCUUUAGUGGCAUGUAAAUGCGUAAUAUUUAUUGAAAACCUUAGCAAUCACCACCACUUAAAUGUUCGUUUCCCAUUUAUUCGAACUGGGUAUUUCGCAAAUCAGCAGAUUCAUAGCCUUCAACGGAAAAAGUUUACUGCCCUACACAAGGGGGUUUUCACACUUAAUCAUGGCGCCUAAACCCAAUCCUCACCGACUCUAUCAACCUGCAGGAACAGUGUUGGAGAGUUCACCAAAGAGGGCGAGGACAAUGAGCACAGAGUCCUUCAUGAAGGAUGCCUUUGCCAAAUAUGCAGACUACCUGAACAACCUCAAUGACAAACGUGAGAGAGUGGUAAAGGCAAGUCGUGAUAUCACCAUUAAUAGCAAGAAGGUUAUAUUUCAGGUCCAUAGAAUUAGUAGAUCCAACAAAGAAGAAGUUUUAAGGAAGGCAGAAGAGGAUUUAGAAGCAGUGACAGAUCGGUACGUGUCCAGAUUGGUGAAAGAACUGCAAGGGACUGAUUUUUGGAAGCUAAGGCGAGCAUACUCUCCCGGGGUGCAAGAAUAUGUGGAAGCUGCAACAUUCUGCAAAUUCUGUAGAACUGGAACUCUUUUGAAUAUUGAAGAGAUAAAUGCCACUUUGUUACGACUCAGUGAUCCUGCACUUGAGCCAUUACAAAUCAACGUCCUUGACUAUAUCUUAGGGCUCUCAGACGUGACAGGCGAAUUGAUGCGGCUGGCUAUUGGUCGAAUAUCAGAUGGUGAACUUGAAUUUGCUCAGCAGAUAUGUAGGUUCGCACGUGAUAUUUAUAGGGAGUUGACUCUUCUUGUUCCUCUUAUGGAUGAUGGUUCUGACAUGAAGACAAAGAUGGAUACAAUGCUUCAAAGCGUGGUAAAAAUAGAGAAUGCUUGCUUUAGUGUCCAUGUGAGAGGAUCUGAGUAUGCAAUGCUCGGAUAUAGUGAUCCAAGUUCGUCCUUUAUAGGGGUACCUGAUGUUGUGUCAUGAAGUAACUUCUGCUUUCUGCUUUUCUGUGUUUGACUGGAAACAAUUUUAUGAUAGAUUUUUAUUGUUUUGCAA